AUGCGUUACGGCAGGAAUUAUGGUCGCCGUGAGGCGGAUCGCUCACGGCGCGAACGCUCACGUGAGCGCGGGCGCUCGCUGGAGAGGUCGCCGCGGCGGCCUGAGCGAUCGCCGCGGAGGCCGGCCUUUCGCGCGGAUCAGGUUCCUCUCGCGCCAGAUCGCCAGGAGGGAGGUUCCGCCCGAGAAGGAAGAGGCGGAUUUGGAUCCGUCACGACGGGGAGUGACCCGUGGCGGACGGACGGGCGUCACGGAGCGGAUGGCGGUCGUGGGUACCGCCAGGACACGGGAGCAUACCGCUCGCCGGAGGAAGGCUAUCGCCGUCGCGAAGAGAGAAGUCGCGGGCGAGGUCUGGAGGGGCUCUUCUCGGGUCGCCAAGGCGAUCUUGAUGUGGAUGGAGAAGACGAGGCCGACUCGGCGAAUCGAGUGCGGGAGACGAAUCGUGAAGGCGAGACCAAGGGCGAUGACGAACCCCAGGAGGAAGGCGCAGGCGAGCAGCGUGAGAUGCCCGCUGGAGUUGAUGACGACGAUCCCGCGCAGGCGAGCGUGGCGGCGGAGCCGAGCACGGCGGAGGCGGAAGAAAAGGGCGGUACUACCCGAGACCUGCCGCGCGACGGAGAGAAUGGUGACGGCGGGGGGCGUGGCAGUGGCGCGUGCUCUCCAGAUCCCCGUCAGCAGCGUGACGAGGGACGUGGCGACGGCGCGCGUUCGCCUGAUCCGCGCCUGAAUCGGGACGGAGGACGCGGCGGCGGUGCGCGCUCGCCAGAGCCUCGGCUGAAUCGUGAUGGGGGACGCGACGGAGGCCCGCGCUCGCCAGAUCCACGGAUGUAUCGGGAAGGGGGGCGUGGCGGCGGCGCGCGCUCUCCAGAUCCGCGUCAGCAGCGUGACGAGGGACGUGGCGACGGCGCGCGUUCGCCUGAUCCGCGCCUGAAUCGGGACGGAGGACGCGGCGGCGGUGCGCGCUCGCCAGAGCCUCGGCUGAAUCGUGAUGGGGGACGCGACGGAGGCACGCGCUCGCCAGAUCCACGGAUGUAUCGGGAAGGGGGGCGUGGCGGCGGCACGGAAGCGGCUACCGCUCGCCAGGACGGCAGCAGCUGCAGGAAGAAAGGCGCAGAGGCGGCUACCGCUCGCCAGAGCUACGGCGACACCAGGACAGUGGACGCGGGGGAAGCGUGCGCUCACCAGAUCCGCGGAGGUAUCACAACUGGAGAAGCGGGGGGGAGCUGCGCUCUCCAGGUCCUCGUUACCCUCGUGAUGAGAGACGCGGAGGCGACUACCGCUCGCCUGAUCUGCAACGGUAUCAUGGAGAGAGGUGGGGAAGCAAGACGCGCUCGCCCGACUGGCACAGGCAACAUGAAGAAAGCCGGGGAGGCGGAUACGGCUCGCAGCUUCGGCAACAGAGCAGAGAUGAGGGGCGCGGCGGAGGGUAUCACUCACCCGAUCGGUACUGGCAGCAUGACGGAAGACGUACCAGUGAGGGAGGACGGGAUCAACGCAACAGCAGAGAGGAAGGCAGCGGGCUGA